UAGAAACCACCAUCAUUUUUCCCCUCAACUUUUAUUAAAUAUAUUUAAAUAAAUUAAAACCAAAUCCGUAAAAACACCCUCUCCCCCUAGUGACCGCUGUUGCUGGUCGUCCUCCGCCGCCGCCUCCUCCUCCUUGCGCCACCUGGCCCUUGACUCCCCGUCUCUGUACCGCACGGCUGAGUGCCCCUCCCGGCUCUCAUAUCUCAGUUUCUCAGUUCAACGGUCCACACUAUCUAGUAUCUGAAGACUUUCAAGUCUCAACUCUCAAAAUUUGUCAAGUCUUUCGUCUCUCGGAUCUUAGCCCUGGCAAGUCCAAUCCUCACAGAUUUGUUUUCAUAAAUCCAGGAGGUGAAAAUGGCAAGCUACCUAUGGAGGAAAUAUGCAGAUUACAUCUACACCAAGUGGGAAAAAACCCUUCUGUGGGACAUGGUUGAGCCUUACAGACGACCCAAGUCAUUCACCCCUCUUGUCGUGAUCUAUGUCGCUGCUUUUUACACUGGGGUCAUUGGCUCUGCCAUCACAGAGCAACUCUACAAGGAAAAAUACUGGGAAGGCCAUCCUGGGGAGGCCGUGCCUCUUAUGAAGCCCAAGUUCUACUACGGCCCUUGGAAGGUACACAAAGGGGAUGUUCUCCCACCCAACCAAUGAAAUCCAUAACCAUGAGCAACCAGUUGGAGAACAUGUGUUCAAACUCUCCUCCCUCUUAGCUUCCUUUCAUUGUACAUGUUUUAGGCUUUGAUAGUAUUUAGCAAACGAAGGUUUACGGUUCCCCCAGUCUGUUGAUAAGGACCUACGAUGUUGUUUCGUAUUCGUGCUGAGGAUAACUGGAAGAUUGGUCGAAAGUACUUGUUGUGUCUGAGUUGGCUUAGUGGGCUUCGUUUCCAUCAAGAAUUUGGAUGAGAAGUUCUGGUGUCUCUUUGAUUGUUGCCAAACAUUCAUUUAUCAUACUCUUGGUAUGUAGGAUUGGAUCAGAUGGAAUAAAUCAAAUUGAAAUUGGGUA